GUACCAAUAUCAGGUCCAACAAACCGAUAUCGGUAUUGAGUGGUGGCCGGUUGACUCGUUUCAUGAAUGAUUUCACUAGUGACGGCGUCAUAGAGCAGAUGCCACCCUUAUCCACUUGGGGGAAAGACUUUUUGGCUGUUCUGUCGCCACUGGCAAGUGUUUAUGUCACUAAGUUUAUUCACAUGUUAUGAGUAUCUAUGUUACAAUA